AUGGAGAAAACUCGGUUCCUCUGCUUAACUGCAAUGUCCUUGGCACACUGUUUCUUAGCCUGCCUGGCUAUGAAUGUUCCCAACUCCACUACUGAUCAAUCUGCUCUUUUAGCUUUCAAAUUCUAUAUCACUUUUGACCAUCCUCACCACGUAUUGGCAACUAACUGGUCCUCAGCCAUCUCAGUUUGUGACUGGAUUGGUGUCUCUUGCGGCAAGCACCACUACAGAGUGGUGGCCUUGAAUCUCCCAAACAUGGGUAUUGGAGGCACCAUCGCACCCCACAUUGGAAACCUCUCAUCUCUAUCCUACUUCAACAUCACCAGCAACACUUUCCAUGGUCAUCUUCCCAGUGAGUUGGCUCGAUUGCACCGCCUAAAUGUUGUCGACUUUGGUGUCAACAAUUUCGGUGGAGGUGUUCCGUCAUGGUUUGGAAACUUACCCAAGCUUCAAUACUUGCAUCUCGCAAACAACAGUUUCACUGGUUCAGUUCCACCUUCCAUUGGCAACAUAUCAACAUUAGAGUCUCUCAAUUUAAUGUCCAAUUUUUUGGAGGGAAGAGUUCCCGAAGAGAUCAGUUAUCUUCCUAAACUGAAGUGGUUACACAUGCGAUGUAAGAAUUUGUCGGGGUCUAUACCGCCAACCAUCUUCAACAUGUCAUCACUUCAAUGGAUUGAUUUCACAUAUAAUAUGAUGUCUGGUAGUCUUCCGAAGGAUUUGUGUGUUUUUCUUCCUAAACUUGAAAUUCUUUCUCUUUCCAAGAAUGAGUUUGAUGGCCAAAUUCCAUCAACUUUAGGUGAAUGCAGAGAGCUCAAAUUCUUAUCAUUGUCUUACAAUAAAUUCACUGGUUUCAUUCCAAAGGCAAUUGGGAAUUUGACUUUACUUCAGAUUUUAUAUCUGGGUGGUAACAACUUUAAAGGCGAAAUUCCACAAGAACUAGGUGGUCUACAUAGUUUGGAGAGUUUAGGUAUCGAAUCUGCCAACGUCACUGGUAACCCAUCCAUCUCUCAAACUUUAGUUGCUGACUUUGGGUAG